CCCGUGCUGCAGCUGGCGGUGAGUGCUUGCUCGCCGCCCUUUCUGUGGUCUGCGGCUGCUCGAGGGUCUUAUGACAUGUGUUCACAGGAAGACUUCCAGGCACAGAGGAGCCAGCUGGUGGCACUGUUGGUCUCAGGGUCCUUGGAGGGCUUCGAAAGCAUCUUGGACUGGCUGUUGUCCUGGGAUGUACUGUCCUGGGAGGACUACGAGGGCCUCAGCCUCCCUGGCCAACCUCUCUCUCAUUCUGCCAGGCGCCUGCUGGACACAGUCUGUAACAAGGGCGCUUGGGGCUGCCAGAAGCUCCUUGAAGCUAUCCAGGAGGCCCAGGCCAACAGCCACACCUUUGAACUGCAUGAGUGCUGGGACCCUCACUCCCUUCAUCCAACCAGAGACCUGCAGAAUCACAGGCCAGCCAUUGUCCGGAGACUCUACAACCAUGUAGACGCCGUGCUGGAGCUGGCAAGGGAGGGUGGAUUCCUGAGCCAGUACGAAUGUGAUGAAAUCAGGCUGCCAAUCUUCACGUCCUCCCAGAGGGCAAGGAGGCUGCUUGAUCUUGCCACAGUGAAGGCGAACGGGCUGGCUGCCUUCCUUCUCCAGCACGCCAAGGCAUCUCCAUCUUCACCGUGCCUGCCUUAUGAGGCUGCUGAGUGUCAGAAGUUCGUAUCUAAACUGAGGACCAUGGUUUCAGCCCAGUCUCGCUUCCUCAGUACUUAUGAUGGGUCAGAGAAUCUUUGCCUGGAGGAUAUCUACACAGAAAACCUCUUGGAGCUGCGGACAGAGGUGGGCGUGGCUGGGGCCCUGCAGAAGAGCCCUGCCACCCUGGGCCUGGAGGAACUCUUUGGUACCCAUGGCCACCUGAACAAGGAUGCAGACACUGUACUGGUGGUGGGCGAAGCAGGCAGUGGCAAGAGCACUCUCCUGCAGCGGUUGCACUUGUUGUGGGCAACUGGGCAGAGCUUCCAGGACUUUCUCUUUGUUUUCCCGUUCAGCUGCCGGCAGCUGCAAUGCAUGACCAAGCCGCUGUCCCUAAGGACGCUGCUCUUUGAACAUUGCUGUUGGCCUGACAUUUGUCAGAAUGGUAUCUUCCAAUUUCUCCUUGACCAUCCCGACCGUGUCCUGUUAACCUUCGAUGGCCUGGACGAGUUCAAGUUCCGCUUCACAGACCGGGAGCGUCACUGCUCUCCAGUUGACCCCACAUCGGUCCAGACUCUGCUCUUCAACCUUCUGCAGGGGAACCUGCUGAAGAACGCUGGCAAGGUGCUGACCAGCCGCCCAGAUGCUGUGUCAGCGCUCCUCAGGAAGUUUGUCCGCACAGAGUGCCACCUUAAGGGCUUCUCCGAGGAGGGCAUCAAAAUGUACUUGAGAAAGCACCACCGGGAACCUGGAGUGGCAGACCGCCUCAUCCACCUGCUCCAAGCCACCUCAGCCCUGCACGGUUUGUGCCACCUCCCUGUCUUCUCAUGGAUGGUGUCCAGGUGCCACCGGGAACUCUUGCUGCAGAGCAGGGGGUCCCCAACAACCAGCACGGACAUGUACCUCCUGAUCCUACAACAUUUCCUACUGCAUGCGUCCCCUCCAGACUCCUACCACCUCGGUCUGGGACCUGGGCUCCUCCAAAGCCGGCUCUCCACUCUCCUGCGCCUUGGCCAUCUGGCUGUCCAGGGUCUGGCUAUGAGCUGCUAUGUGUUCUCAGCCCAGCAGCUUCAGGCAUCGCAGGUUGAUUCUGAUGAUAUUUCUCUUGGUUUCCUGGUACGUGCCCAAAGUGUUGUGCCUGGGAGCAAGGCACCCCUGGAAUUCCUGCAUAUUACUUUCCAGUGCUUUUUUGCCGCGUUCUACUUGGCGGUCAGUGCUGACACAUCGGCAGCCUCACUCAGGCACCUCUUCAGCUGUGGCCGGCUGGGCAGCUCCCUGCUGGUUAGGCUGUUGCCCAAUCUGUGUAUCCAGAGGUCCAGAAUCAAGAAGGGCAGUGACACGACCCUACUGCAGAAGGCCGAGCCACACAACCUGCAGAUCACAGCGGCCUUCCUAGCGGGUCUGCUGUCCCGUGAGCAUCGGGACCUGUUGGCCGCAUGCCAGAUCUCCGAAAAGGCGCUGCUCCGGCGCCAGGCAUGUGUCCGCUCCUGUCUGGCCCAUAGCCUUCGUGAGCACUUCCACUCCAUCCCACCUGCCGUGCCUGGUGAGGCCAAGAGCAUGCAUGCCAUGCCUGGCUUCAUCUGGCUCAUCCGGAGCCUGUAUGAGAUGCAGGAGGAGCAGCUGGCACAGGAGGCCGUACGCCGCUUGGACAUUGGGCACCUGAAGCUGACGUUUUGCAGAGUGGGCCCUGCAGAGUGUGCUGCCCUGGCCUUUGUGCUGCGGCACCUGCAGCGACCUGUGGCCCUGCAGCUGGACCACAACUCUGUUGGAGACGUUGGAGUGGAGCAGCUGCUGCCCUGCCUCGGUGUCUGCACAGCUCUGUAUUUGCGAAAUAACGACAUCUCAGAUCGAGGCGCCUACACGCUGACCGAGUGUGCACUUCAGUGCGAGCAGCUGCGGAAGCUAGCUCUCUUCAACAACAAACUCACAGAUGGCUGUGCCUCCUCCAUGGCCAAGCUCCUUGUGCACAAGCGGAACUUCUUGUCAUUGAGGCUCGGGAACAAUCACAUUACAGCUGCCGGAGCCCAGGUGCUGGCCCAGGGGCUCAAGAGCAACUCAUCUCUACAGUCCCUGGGGUUCUGGGGCAACAGUGUGGGUGACGAAGGCACCCAAGCACUGGCUGAGGCUGUGGGUGAUCACCAGAGAUUAAAGUGGCUCAGCCUGGUGGGAAACAACAUUGGCAGCGAGGGCGCCCGAGCCCUAGCACUGAUGCUGGAGAAAAACAAGUCACUAGAGGAACUCUGCCUGGAGGAAAACCAUGUCUGUGAUGAAGGGCUGUAUUCUCUCGCAGAAGGACUGAAGAGAAACUCAACUUUGAAAAUCUUGAAGCUCUCCAACAAUGGCAUUACCUACCGGGGUGUAGAAGCCCUCUUGCAGGCCCUCAGCAGGAACAGUACUGUUCUGGAAGUUUGGCUCCGAGGGAACAAGUUCUCUCUGGAGGAAAUCCAAACACUCCGCUCUGGUGACACCAGACUCAUGCUGUGAGCAGGCCACGGAAGCCUGGCCUCCGGAAGCUGAAUGACGUCAGGGCUGGAUUUUUUUUUUCCUUUCU